AUGAUAUAUCGUAUUAUACAAAUGGGGCAUGUGGUGAAGAUAUAGACAUAAGGAAAAUUAAACACGAUUGAUUUAAGAAACCAAUUCAUAAGAUCAGUAAAGAUGUCACAUUAGAUAUAAAUAUUAUUAUAUGUUUAAUCUUGGAUAUUACAAUAAUAAAUUUACGUAGUUAUAGAGUGAACUUUUCCAUUCAUAUGGAAGCAAAUAUUCGGCUUAAAACGCUGUCAGAUGAUCCAACCGACUUAAAAUUAUUGCUGCAACAAACACAUGAUGAGGCAUUGCAGAAAAAUGAGUAUGCAACAAAACACUGGUUGAAAUUACGGGAUGAACAUAUGUCACUCCAUUCUCAUCUUGGCAUACUUCCUGAUAAGUUGUCUCAUGAUGUCAUGGUUCCUAUAGGAUCGAAAGCUCUGAUGAGAGGGAAGAUGGUUCAUACAAAUGAAAUAUUAGUAUGUCUCGGUGAUGGUUGGUUUGUGAAACGGAGCGCUAAGGAAGCAGCUGAAAUAUGUGACAGGCGGAUAAAAUUGUGUGACAAUAUGCUGAAAGACUUGGAGAGAGAGCACAAUUUGCUACUUACAAGGAAAGAACUUCCACUUGAGCGGGAUGCUUUUGGAGCUGAGACUAGGAGAGAGAUAUUAGAACCAUAUGAUGAGAAGACAGAGGCAGAAUGGAGAGUCCAGCAUCGUCAGAAAGAAAAAGAAUAUCGACAAAAAUUGACUGAACUUCGUAACAAAGAGAAAACUAAAAUUGAUGACGAAGAAAGCUUAUGGAAAAGAUUGGAUGAGUUAGAGCUACAAGAGGAGUUGGAAGAAGAGCUUGACAGGUUCCAUGCGGAUCGCGAAGACAUGGAAUAUGAUGAAAAUAGUGAACUUGAUACAGAUACUGAUGAAGAAAGUGAUGCAAUAGAAAAUUAUGAUGCUGAGUAUUUGCUUUUAAGAGAACAAAUCAGAGGAGCAAAUGGCCUAGUAAAACAAGAUAUUGCAAUGCCUGAACAUGCUGUGUUGACUGAACAACAUGAAUCCAGAAACGGUUCCAAACCACAGGCUCAGAGCAUAAGUUCCGUAAGUCCGGCCAGGCGUGUAUCAUUUGCAGAUGAUAGAACUGCAGAUAUAAAUGAGGGCAGUGAUAGUGAUUCAAGUGCAGAAUGCUUGAGGAUUGAAUUUCAACACACGCCUGUUGAGAGCGGGGCAAAAGAAAGUACAAAGUCUGAUGGACAUCCCAUACAAACUCCGGCCAAUAUCCAUGAAUAUAUUAAGGAACUGAUGGCAAAAAAUGGUAUACCUAAGUCAAUCCUAAAGAAUAAGUCAACUGAUCAAGUGAGUAGAGGCAACACAGGACCACAUCGGAUGCAGUGGCUUCAGCAACCAGACUCCAUUCCCAUAAUAACUCAGGAAAUGGAAGAGCCUCUGUGGAACACUGCUGAACUGCAGCCAGUGGAGGAGUUAGACGAGCGCCCAGUGGUGUUUGGAUGUGUGCAUGAGCAUUCUUCAGAAGAGCCACUGCUACCACCAGAACAACCCAUACCAACUCGUCCUGUUAGUAGAUUCAAAGCUGCAAGAUUAGCGGCUAAGAGGUGACAAGAAUCUUCAACAUCUGAUGUUCUGUGACUCUGUGGAGUUUGGCUGAAGGAAUUACAGUCAAGUUUAUAUGUUCUGUGUACAAUGUAAGAUGGAAAAUAUAAACAGUGAAGCAUUUUCUUAAUACUA